AUGUCUUCCACCACCUCCCCAGGCGCGUCCGCUGCGCAUGCGCCCGACCUGGCCAACCUACAUGCCCGCCCAACUGUCGCCGACCUGCACGGCGAGAACCACUUCGCGCAAGUUGCGAGGAAGAAUUGGCUGGCCGCGAAAAAGACGCCCAAAGUGCGCCCCGAAGUUGUCAAGAAGGAGCUCUGGGACCAGCUGGAGAGCGCCGACUUUGCAUACUCGUCGCUCUUGAUCCUCGAGAAUCUGCAGCUGUUGGAGCGCUACCUGUGGCCUGGAUUUACAGAGGAUGCAUCAAACUACCACCAUCUGCUGCUGGCUCUCAUGGUCAAUGUUAAGAGGAGGGAGAACCUGUCGUCUUGGGAACACUUCUCAACCAAGCCCGCCGAAUUCUCAUCCUUCUUCCGUCGCAUCUUGUCCAUGACCGUCGACCCCUCGCAGCCAAGCAAGAUCCGCACACAACUCAUAUCCUUUGUCAUCGGCGCCUUCCAAUCACUCGACAGCGGCCUGGUGCGAAAGGAGUGCGCCCCUCUAGUUGGCAUAUCCAUAUGGCAGAACUUGCAUUCAGAUGCUGUGCGCGAGCAGCAUUUUGAGCAGCACAGCAUGCUUCGCAAGGCUUGGAGGGCUGCAUCGAAGCGCUUCGAUGCUGGAGACGAUGCACUACAAGCCCGCCUGCGCUUCGAGCGCUCGUGGCUUUACACGCUCCUUCUGGACUUCAUCGACCGAUUAUACAACAGUAGCAAUAGCCAAGACAUGAGGGAUAAUAUGGCUUACUGUGAGCGCUUCAUGGAGCUGCUAAUAGACCUGCAGAGUCAGUUGCCUACAAGGAGAUACGUCAAUACCCUACUCAAGGACCUCAACAUGCUCUCGGCUAUUCGCUUGUCACCCAUGUACGCCGACGAGGACAAUGGCCUGUUCCGCGAUCUGUUCGACCUCCUCAGCCACUUCACCAACUUCUCCAUCGAGGACCAGACUGGCAGACAAUUGUCGAAACUCGAGUAUGACCAGCAGCACUAUGACCUUUUGUCUAAGUUGCAACGGACUGGCUACGCUGCAUUCCAGGAAAAACUCCAACUUAUGGCACUUGCAAACUACAAGAGCAUUGGAAACAGGGAAGAGCUGGAUGGUCACCUACGCACACUGAGUGAUGAAGAGCUUGUUGAACUUUGCUCGCUCAUGGGUCUACGAACAGAGUAUCCUGCCACGACGUACUUAGUACGAGAUCGUGCUUUCUACAUGGAGACCCUAAUCAUGCUCGUCGAGCAACGCCCGACUUUCAAAGACGCAGUACGCGAUAUGCCAGUACUGCCAACAGAAAAGAUUCUUUACGAAACUACAUUUUUGCGAAAUGAAUCCUACGACGGCUCACGACCACUUGCCAUCCCAAAGCUGAACCUCCAGUACCUGACCAUGGGCGACUUCUUAUGGAGAUCAUUUAUCUUGUAUCGGGCUGAGUCGUUCUACGGUAUUCGCAAAGACAUGGAGGAUGUCGUAAAACGCGUCAAACCAAAAGGUAGAGGCGUCAACACCAAGUUUACUGGUGUAUCAAAAAUGUCACUUCCCAUCAUGAAGCCUGCCAUUGUUGAUGUAGCACCAUCAAGAGUCGGAGAAGAACACCCCGCCUAUGUUCGAGCAGAGAUAAUACUUGAUGUCAGUCGACUUCAGUAUCCAGUACGGCGGGACUGGGAACAGCUCCGGCCAGACGAUGUAGUGUUUCUUCUUUCCGUUGAGGGCAAAGAUGACGUACCCAUGCGAAACGGUCACCAUGCGGAUGUCGGCAGUGGAGAAGAGAUUGGUCUACGUCGAAUGAGAUGUGCGCAGGUGGUUCAAGUUCUAGAUGACAAGGGACGGCCACUAAGAGAACAAGCCCGUGACGAUGGCUUUGGUCCGAGAGUGCGGCAACGACGGCUCCUCGUCAACAUCGACGCGAAGCAGUACCAUGCCGAUAUGGAACAAACCGCCAAAGGAGCGCCCAACGUCUACGAGCAAAUCAAUCUCAUUGUUCGCCGAAAAGGACGCGAGAACAACUUUUUGCCGAUCCUAGAGUCCAUCAAGCGCCUGACUCUCUCGGACAUCCCAGCACCAUCUUGGCUGCAGGAGGUCUUUUUGGGCUAUGGGGAUCCUGCAUCUGCAACCUACAAGCGACUCCCUAAUCGGCUAAAUAAGAUUGAUUUCCGCGAUACCUUUUUGGACUGGGAGCACUUGGUUCAGUCAUUUCCCGGCAAAUCCGUUGAACCUAACGAGGAAGCACAUGCACCUGUCGAGCCUCCAUACCUUUUAGAGUUCCCUGUUGCAGCGGAACCAGAGGUUGCACCACCACGAGCGUCGAAAAAGCGGCGUCGGGACCAGGCUGAGCUAGCACAACCUGUGCAGGAAUCAGUUCGCGUAUCCUCGUACAAGCCACCAAACAUGGGUCCAUAUCCUGCAGAUGCGCCAAAGCUAAACAAAGUCCGAUUCACACCUGCCCAAGUUGAUGCCAUCACUUCAGGAACUCAACCGGGACUAACAGUGGUGCUCGGACCACCAGGCACCGGCAAGACGGAUGUCGCGACCCAGAUUAUAUCCAAUAUAUAUCACAACUUCCCGGACCAGCGGACCUUGCUUGUUGCACACAGUAACCAGGCGCUUAAUCAGCUGUUCCAGAAGAUUGUGGCGCUUGAUAUCGACGAGCGUCACCUAUUGCGGUUGGGUCAUGGUGAAGAGGAUCUUGAGACGGAUGCAAGCUACAGCAAACACGGACGAGUGGAGUCGUUCCUCGAGAGAGGACAAUACUAUUUGUCCGAAGUUGACCGUCUCGCCAAAAACUUUGGUGCACCGGGUGCCCAUGGUAGCUCAUGCGAGACUGCAGAUUACUUCAAUCUUGUCUAUGUGAAACCAGCGUGGACACAGUACUGGGAUAGUGUCACAUCAGGAGAAACGAGUGUUGAGCAGAUAAUCACUGAGUUCCCAUUCAAAGAUUACUUCUCAAAUGCACCACAACCUCUUUUCCCUCCCGCAGUAGACCGUCAACAGAUUCUUGAUAUUGCACAGGGCUGCUAUCGCCAUGUCCAGAAGAUCUUUGCAGAGCUCGAGGACAUUCGUCCGUUUGAGCUUCUACGAAACCCGCGAGAUAAGGCGAACUACCUACUCGUCAAGGAAGCUCGCAUCAUUGCAAUGACAUCGACACACGCUGCCAUGCGAAGACAGGAAAUCGCGUCUCUAGGGUUCCAUUACGACAAUGUCAUCAUGGAAGAAGCUGCUCAAAUCACUGAGAUUGAAAACUUCAUUCCGCUCGCAUUACAAAACCCACAGAAUGGCGAACUUCCAUUGCAACGCAUAGUUCUCUGUGGUGAUCAUCUCCAAAACUCUCCCGUCAUUCAAAAUCUCGCAUUCCGUCAAUAUGCCAACCUGGAACAGUCACUUUUCCAACGGCUUGUCCGCUUGGGUGUGCCAACCAUCAUGCUCGACCAGCAAGGUCGUGCCCGCGCAUCCAUCGCCGAGCUCUACAAAUGGCGUUAUCCUUCGCUCUCUAAUCUGCCUUCUGUCAUCUCCAAUCCCGAGUUCCAAAUCGCGAACCCAGGCUUCAAGCACGAGUACCAAUUCAUCGAUGUACAAGACUACAAGGGUAAAGGAGAAGAGCAGCCCACACCGCACUGGAUGAUUAACCUGGGUGAAGCCGAAUAUGCUGUCGCUUUGUACAUGUACAUGCGAUUGCUUGGGUACCCCGCGAACAAGAUAUCGAUUCUCACCACGUAUGCCGGUCAGAAGAGCUUGAUCAACGAUGUCCUAGGCCACAAGUGUAAGAACAACCCACUGUUCGGGCGCCCAAGGAUAGUAGCUACGGUAGACAAAUACCAGGGCGAGCAAAAUGAUUACAUCAUCCUCUCCCUCGUCCGCACCCGCUCAAUAGGCUACCUACGCUCCAUCCGCCGCCUCACCGUCGCGCUCUCCCGCGCACGCCUAGGCCUCUACAUCCUCGGCCGCCGCUCCGUCUUCGAAUCCGUCUUCGAGCUCAAACCCGCCUUCGACAUCCUCCUCCAACGAUCCGACAAGCUCGAACUCGUCACCGACGAAAUGUUCGGCGAGACGCAGCGUACCAUUGACUCAGCCGCUACUACCAUCCCAGGCGAGGCCCAGAUGCAGGAUGUAGAGCACCUGGGUAAGUAUGUGUAUGAAAUGACAAAAGCAAAGGUCGAAGCUAUCAAGGCGAAUGGCGGCGUUAUGCCCAGUACGGCACCGGAGGUGCAAAUGGGUGAGGCGGGCGUGAACGGUGCAAGCCAUCCGGUGGAUGACGAGGAAGAUGAUGAUAGGCCUGAGAAUGUGCUUAUUCCUACAGAAGCCGCAGAGGAUUUUGAGGGCGAAGAUGAAGAGGAAUAG